AUGAUCAGAAGACAGGCCAGAGAAAGAAGAGAGUAUCUCUACAGAAAGUCCCUCGAACUCAAAGAGUCUAACCUCUUGGAAAAGAGACAGCAGUUGAAGGCAGCUUUGGCUUCCGGAAAGCCGUUGUCCAAAGAGCUUGCCGAAGAUGCCCAGCUCCAGAAAGACUUCAUCUUCGACGAAAGUGAACAGGUGGAGAUCGACGACGAAUACUCUGCUUUGAGCGGAAUAAGCGACCCUAAAGUGAUCAUAACGACCUCGCGUGAUCCGUCGGUCAAAUUGUUGCAGUUUUCCAAAGAAAUCAAGCUCAUGUUCCCAAAUUCACUCAAGUUGAACAGAGGUAACUACAUCAUACCCGAAUUGGUCAAGUCAUGUACCCGUGUCCAAAUCACCGACAUGAUCCUUUUGCACGAGCAUAGAGGUGUACCCACCUCGAUCACAGUGUCCCAUUUUCCCCACGGUCCAACCGCAGUUUUCACAUUACACAACGUCAAGCUUAGACACGAUUUGCCCAAUAUCGGUAACAUAUCGGAAAGCUAUCCUCAUCUUAUAUUCGAAAACUUCAACACAACUUUGGGUAAGAGAGUCGAAAAAAUAUUGAAGCAUUUGUUCCCUCCAGGAGUCAAGAAAGACAGCUCUAGAGUCAUAACAUUCGUCAAUAACGACGACUACAUUUCCGUAAGACACCAUGUAUAUGUCAGAACCAAGGACAGCGUGGAAAUCAGUGAGAUUGGGCCAAGAUUCGAAAUGAGACUUUAUGAAAUCAAGUUAGGAUUACCUGAUAACAAGGAUGCCGACGUUGAAUGGCAAUUGAGAAGAUUUAUAAGAACUGCCAACAGAAAGAACUACUUGUGA